GGACAAUUUUGUAAUCUCUGUUCUAGUUACAGUACAAAUUUAUUCAGGGACAGUGUGUGAUAAUUCCAGCAUCUUAUCACAAUUAUUGAUAACACUGUGAUGAUGAGGUCGCUGUGCCUGCUGGGGCUGCUGGCUAUCUGUGCCUCCGUGGCGUUGUGCAAACCCACCUCUGAGAAGAAGGACCGAGUGCACCAUUCCAAGGAUCUGGGCGAACGGGAGCACGAGGAUCAGAAGGGGUUCCAGUUUGACCACGAGGCCUUCCUGGGGAAAGAAGGUGCAAAGACCUUCGACCAGCUCACCCCAGAGGAGAGCAAAGAGAGGCUGGGGAAAAUCGUUGACCGGAUUGACCAGGACCAGGACGGGCUGAUCACUGCCGAUGAGCUGACGGCAUGGAUCAAGCGGGCGCAGAACCGGUACAUCGACGAGAACGUCAACCGACACUGGAAGGACUACGACCUCAACCAAGAUGGCAAAGUGUCCUGGGACGAGUACAAGAACACAACCUACGGAUACUAUAUCGGUGGUGAGGAGUUCAGUGACGUCAAUGACGCUGAGGACAAGGCCAGCUACAAGAAGAUGUUGAGGCGUGAUGAGCGAAGGUUCAGGAACGCGGACAAAGAUGGCGAUCUCAUUGCCACACGAGAGGAGUUCACUGCCUUCCUUCACCCCGAGGAGUUUGGCUACAUGAAGUCUGUCGUUGUUACGGAAACCAUCGAAGACAUUGACAAGGAUGGUGACGGCAUGGUGGAUCUGAAAGAAUAUAUCGGUGAUAUGUACACUCCGGAAGAUGGCGAGCCAGAACCAGACUGGGUGAGGAACGAGCGGGAACAAUUCAAACAGUUCCGUGACCUUGAUAAGGAUGGGAAGAUGGACCACAAGGAGAUCGAGCGUUGGAUCCUUCCCGGAGAUUAUGACCACGCCUUGUCAGAGGCCAAACAUCUGAUCCACGAGUCUGAUAAAGAUGAGGACAAUAAACUGACAAAGCAGGAAAUUUUAAACAACUGGAAUAUGUUUGUUGGCAGCCAAGUGACCAAUUAUGGGGAGGACCUAACACGAAAACACGACGAGCUCUGAGUCGCGAGUCAAUAUUUCUAAUCAAUCAAUCCAUCGGCACCGAUCCCACAGAAAUUGCAUCAAAAAAGUUUGAUUUUUUUGCUAACCCAGGACGUGAAUAAUUUGAAAUGUGAUCAAAAUCAUUAAUUGUAUUCAAUUGUUCUACUUCCCUUUUUGACUGAGUGAGUUUCCAUCAGGUGUCCCAUCCAUCUUAAAGUGGGUUUCAAUGUUCUGUUGGUGAUGCAUUUGAUUGGCUCUUCUGUAACCAAGGAGAUGGCCCAGAAAUGGAUCCACGUCUAAUUAGUGGUGGAAUUAUAACUGGGUUAACUUAUUCCAGAUUUUGGCAUUCUUGAUGAGACUGAGCCCCACCCAGCUUUCAGCAUGAUUUGUCGCAGCUACCUGAUUCUUUCUUUCGUAUCUCAAUCUCCUAUCCUCCUACAAAGGGCUUUUUCUUGUUUGAAAAAAUAUUAAUUUUUAGGAUGUUUAAUGGCUUGUCAGCAGAUAGACUGACUUUAGCCACCUCCAACGCACAAUCCUGUACAAUCUUAAGUGUAUUGAUGCUUAGGGAACUUGAUGGGAAAUGUUUCCUCACUGUACCUGAGCAGGCAGCUGUGUCCUGGUGGGUGAAGUCCAGUUAAUGUCAGAUUCCACUGCUGCUAGAUGCACACUUUACCCCCAUUCCCAGCAGCUGGCAGGGUCCAAAUGAUCUGUGCUCAUUCAAGGUUGAUACUAGGAGACCUCUGUGACAGGUGGCACAGUCACUAAGUUUGAACCUCUAUCAGAGUUGAGAUUCAACUUGCUGCCCUGAGAAGCUGACUAGCCAGAAAUUUUAAAUUAACAAGUUUUUGCAAUGUGCUGUCCAGCUUUGGGACCAAGCAACAGGUUGGAAAUGCACCCUGAUACUUCACCAAAAUUAGUUCCUAUGCACCACUCCCAAUUUAGUUCCCAUCAAUGACAGACUCGUAGACCCCCAGUAUUGUGCCACUAAUGACUUGUGACUCAUUUCAGGACAGACUCUGUAACUUACAUUAACCCAGGCAAAGAAAGGUCAAAAUGAGACUCCAAACAAUAUUGGUUAAUUCAUACACAGACCUCGCUAAAGCCAUUGUGAAGAGCUUUUGCAGUAUGUUACUGAAUGUGUUUUUUUUUCUUGUUAGCUGAACCAUUACAAUUGUUAAUUUUGUGGUUUCUGCCGUCCCGUUUGUUUCUAAUUUGAAGCCUUGCUUCUCUCAGGAUGGCAAACUCUCAAAAGAAGAAUUCUUGGAGAACUACACCAGGUUCGUAGGAAGUGCUGUAACAGAUUACGGAGAGAUGAUGGUCAAACACGAUGAGUUUUAGUCAAUGAGGUUACUGCAAUUGCACUUUUUAUUCUGCAUCCUCCUUUGCUUUUUGUGAAAGGUUAUAUACGGGUGAGGUGGGGGGGGGGGGGUGGGGCAGGGGGCAAGGUGCUUUAUUUGACUGCCUGUACAAAUCUAUUCAUUUCUUUCAAGGGAGAGAGCUGGACAGUCCUUGACACACAUGCUGGAAUGUGUUCAAACCUGGAACCUUCGGGGCCAGUCUCUCACUUUACCUCCCAGCUAGAAACCAGAUUAACGGGGUGAAUGUUUUGGCAGUCACAUUGCAACCGAGGGUAGAGAGGAGAGAAUUCCUUCUUCUUGUAUCUGAUACAGGGGCUGAAGUACACUAUUGGCAUAGGGUAAAAGGUUCCUAAGUGAAUGCAAAACAUAUAGCGUUAGAAGGGGUAACUGGUGCAGACUUUUUCCAGCAUGAAUAGACAGAAUACCUGACUCAAUGUCCCUCCCAAGAAGCCCAACAAAAUAACUGGUUCAAACUAAUACUGUACAACCAUGUGUUGUGGUUGCAGGUUCCCCUAGCUCUCUUCAUUAUGUACAUUUUCCUUUUAAGCUCUCCCACACCAUUGUUCAAGUGUUAUUAAGCAGAGGUUGCUUAUUCAGUAUUCAAGAGCAGUAUUACAUGUGCAAUAUCCAACCUACCAGUAGGAUUACCCCUAACCUUUUUCUAUUUGAUCAUUUAAGGUGAAUUCAAAUCUGUGGUAAUGAGCUUAGAAAAAUACACUUAGCACCGUGAAACUUGAACCUGUGAUUAGCCUCUAUCAUGUCCAAAGGAGUUCACCUUCCCCAUCUCUCAGGCAGAUCUCCACCUGUCCUACCAUUCAAUACUGCUCUGGUCCGUAUCACCAAACCUCGACCUGUAAAUUGUGUUAGUGUGUGGGUGAGUGUAGAAACUUAAGGGGGGGGGGGGGAUUCACUCACUAACUGACCUCUGCCUUGACCUUGUAGGCCAGGGGCAAUUAGAAAAGGGCAGUAACUGACAUGCCCAUCCUGUGAAUGAAUAAAAGGUUCCCCUCACACAGUCCAGCACAGUGCUAAGUUAGCUUCCACAGGUGGCCCCUGGUUGGUCUAAGCUGAGGUUUUACAGUGACUCCACUAUUGCCAGUUAUGCUUGGGCAUGACCUCUGCCUGGUCAAGCAGCUUUCUUUACCACCCUUUCAGUGUCUGCGUAACCAAUAAUGUUCAAGGAAAAUACAAUCCUAGAGCGAUGCCAGCACAUUCCCCAGCUGUGAGGGGGGUUGUGGGGGAGGAUUAGAAUAUCAAUGCUCUCUGCUUCUGGUCAUUAAACUCUGUCCCUUGCAAAGUGAAUGAGUGAAGUUCAGGAAACUGUUCAGGCUCAGUUACAGUGGAAUACUUGAAGAAAGUUCCUGAAUGAAUUCUGGCAGUCAGUACUUUUGGAUCUGUACCCAGUGAGGUUCAGCAUCUAAUGAUUGGGAGAGAGGGAGAAUGCUAAAUAGAUCUGAACCCCACGGGUUUACUAAGUUUGCAUGGCCUUGCUCAUUACUGCUGGGUUCUUUUGGUUAUAAGAUGAACGUGGAGAAGGCAUCUUGUGUUAAUAGCACCUGGCUCUGUACCUUUGACAAGAAAUCUCACUUGUCAAUAAAUCUUUAAUAUAA